AGCGCAAACGUCAAGAAGCGAUCCACGAGCUGAUUGCUACCGAAAGCACCCACGUUCGCGACUUGCAGAUCAUUGUUGAGUGCUAAGGCUACCACCGUCAUCUUCGCCAACGUCGAAGAAGUGCUUCUGGUGGCAGUAUCGCUCCUCUCUGAUCUCGAGUCUCGGCAAAGGCAAGAAGUAAUCGUCAGCGGCUUGGGGGACAUUCUCGCGAAGCACAUCGCAGCGAUGCGAGUAUACUUGCCGUACUGCGUCAAUCAAACGCCAGCAGCGCAGAUCCUGCAAGCCGAGAGGGACCGUAAUUCCGUUCUGGAAGCUCAGCUGCAGACCAUUCGGCGCGAGAAUCCCGCGGCACGCGGACUCGAUCUGUCCAGCUUUCUCCUGAUUCCCAUGCAGCGACUCACUCGUUAUCCUUUGUUGAUCUCGCAAAUCAUGAGAUACAGUGAUCAAGCCGCCAUCGAUGCAGCAGAGAAGGACAGCUUGCAUGAGUCGCUACGCACUGCCGAAUCCAUACUGGCUUCAACAAACGAAGCGAUACGGACGCGCGAGACUAGAGAUCGUCUGGCAGCGAUUAGCGAGUAUCUUUGGGUUGGAAACGCUGCUAGGCUGGACCUCACCAAGGAUACGAGAGUCAUGGGACCGCGCCAAAUUUUAAAGGAAGAGGUGCUCUCGAAGCACAAGUCUGGUCGCAAAUUGACGACGCUUCUCACUUCGGAUCUCUUGAUUCUCUUGCAAGAAGGCAAGGAAGAUGCUGCUGGCAACCGACGACCACAGCUGUAUCGCAUGCCCAUUCCUCUCGAAGAGAUCGUUGUGAGAGACGUUCCUUCUCGGCUGACUGGGGCACGCGACGAGUCUGCCUUCCAAGUGAUCGUCGGUGGCUCCGACAAGAUCAAUCUCAGAACCUCCUCACCAAAAUCGGCGCAUGCUUGGAUGGCCGCCAUCAACCACGCGAGAAGCGCGUGUCUUCAGGCCGCACUGAAUGCACCGAGAUCCGGCCACCACCGCACGCACAGUCAAGGCAUUUCGCUGUACUAACGUUUCCUUUGCAAUCAUGAAUGCAACAUCACCUUGAACAGGGCAUCAGCGCUGUACAUAG